GACGUCCGUGGGCUCUCCCGGAAUUGACCCGCCAACCGCGUGGACCAUUGGUGACUUGAAUUCAUAUAGGAUCAAAGCAGGGGAAUGCGGUUUUCACCCAAUAGCAUCCUUUGUUCCCUACCGAGUCCGGUUUCAAUGGGGAUCUCUUUGCGCUGAUCCGCACCAUCAAGUGGGUAUCAGCCAGAUAUCAUGGCGUCUGCCGGAAAGCCUCCAUUGGAGGAUGCUCGUCGGACGACGGGAUCACCGAAAAUGAAGAGCCGCGAGAAUGCGAAAGACACAUUGUGCCGCAACGUGACCAUCUAUGGGCGAUGCCGCUAUGAAGACAAAGGUUGUGCUUUCAAUCAUGACCCGACGAAGCUCAAUGCAAACCAGUCGGAUAGCAAGAAGCGGUUCAAUGUCGACUCACCUAGUUUCACCCCAUCAUUGCUGUCUGGGAACGGUGUAUCAGCACCAAAGAAGUCCACCGCUAUAUCUCCAAAGGCUGCUAGUGCAGCUCCUUUUCAACCUCGAACAACCUCAUCACGUUCUAACACGAGUACACCCACAACGCGGUCAGAAGCAGUCCAAGAUUGGGCGGUAGCUGAUGUCCAGGAAUUUGUUCCCCAAGGCUUCGAGCACGUGGUCAGUCGCCCCUGCCGUAUUAUUUGA